CAAACCAAACAGAUUCCGCCUGCAUUGGAAACGAGUGCGACCCUCCAACUUCCAUUUCCCCAAAUUUCUUCCUCUCCUGCAACACAAUUCGCAAUCCAAACAACUGCUUCCGAUCAUCAAUCAUCACAACAAGUUUCCGAUCACCAUGCAACACAACCGCCUCUUGAUUAACGUUUGCUCAACAAAUUGGCGAAUCUCUAUUUGAUUCCGCGUCGACGUAAUCCCCAAUCCGAAAAUGCUGCCGAUCUUCGAGUACUUCGUCGUGUGCGGGAUGGGACCGGAAAUCCGCACGCUCGACGGCGUCCGCGGCUACCACGGCAUGCUCACCAUGUACCUGUCCUCGCUGCUCGACCAAUACCCUCCCUCAAAUCACGCUCUCUACCCGCCGCCGCCGCCGCAGCUCUCCACCUGCGUCUUGCCUGCCGGCGUCCAAUUCUACUCCUCAGGGUUCGAUUCCGACGAUCCGUCGUCGUUUCCGCGCAAUUACCCCAUCGUGCUGACCGAAGGGGACGGCUCCAAGAUUUACGUCAGCUGCAUUGCGUUUAGGGAUCCCGUGGAUGAAGACAUAGUGGAGGCGUUUCGCAUUCCGCCUGGUUCCUUUGCGGAUAAAUGCAUCUGUCUGGUCUCGCGAUCGCCUAGUUUCCGGAUUCUGCGCGAGACUUUGGAGGAGAUAUUCCUACUUUGUUUCUCCAACUCCGGUAGCAGCUUGCAGUUGUGGGAAAUUGUUGCUUUUUUAGUUUCCAAUGUACCUUUGCCUACUCCUGGAAAGGAACGAGCAUUCUUUACCAUUGAGAAUAGUCUCCUUGUGAUUGAUGUUCCGCCUAAGGAUGGUCUUCCUCAUGCUGAUAUAUCCUUCCAGCCGUUGGUCCAGUGUUUGGAUGUUGAUAAUCUCAUCAAACUAUUUACUGCAGUUCUGCUGGAAAGAAGGAUUUUGCUGCGCUCUGCCAAAUAUUCUCUUUUAACUCUUGUAUCAGAGGCCAUAUGCCAUUUAAUAUAUCCAUUUCGAUGGCAGCAUGUCUACAUUCCAUUGCUAUUUUUCAGUGGAGUUGACUAUAUUGAUGCUCCUACACCCUAUAUGAUGGGCCUCCAUUCAGGUGUUGAUACUUUUGGCCUACUCAUGGAUGGUGUAGUUGUUGUUGACCUUGAGCAUAAUCUCAUCACUACAACAGAAGAAAUUCCUCCAUUACCAGAACCAGAGUAUAGUUCAUUGCGGAGUGAGAUAAUGAAACUAGCACAUCCAAAUGUUUUUGGCAUAGAUCACAUGAAGGGUGGUUUUUUCACUGAGCAAUAUCCUAGAGUUGGCAGCAGGCUGUGGGAAGAGGAUGAUGAUCUCCAUUUUAGGAUUAUGUUCCUAAAAUUCUUUGCAUCAAUUUUAGAUGGCUAUCGCAAUUUUGUAGAAAAUGCUGGUACUAAUGUCUUCAACAAUCAGGCUUUUCUAAAGAAGCGUUCUCGGUCAACAAACCAACCUCCAGAUCCAAUGAUAACUCAGUUUUUAGAAUCCCAAGGGUUCUUAGAUUAUCUGGAGAGAGGCAUUGGUUCUCAAGUAAAUGGCAAUAAUCUUCUUGAUAAGUUACAAGAUGCUAUUAGCAUGGGACAAAAUCCUAUGUCAAUAUUUUCUUCACUUUCCAUAGAGCCUGAGGUUAUAACUAUUUAUGGUCCUGCUAAAGGGAAGCCAGGAUCGGAUGUCAGAUAUUGUUAUGACAGGUUCCCUUCAAAUUUUAGAACCGAAGAGCAGGAAGAAAAAAGGAAGCAGAUUCUAGCUGCAGCAACUGGAGCUAUAGAGUAUUCUGCAAAGCAGAACAUGAGUUCAACUUGUGUGGACUCUAAUUCUGGAAGUGUGAGUCCAAGAGAGAGGGCUGCUGAAAAGGAGCGCAUGGUUUUGGACAUUAAAGUGAAGCUUCAGGGUUUGUGGCUACGCCUCUUGAAGCUUGAGACCACAGAAGAUCCUCUUUCAUCCUUUGAGUAUGGAACUAUUCUAGCUCUGAUUGAGUAUGAUGCGGAGGGAAUUGGUGGUAGUGGAUUUGUUGAAUGUAUAAAAGAGCACAUUUAUUCAGGAUGGAACUGUCAAUUGACGGAAGAGCAGUUUAUUGCAGUGAAAGAACUGCUAAAAACAGCCAUUAGUCUUGCUAUUGCUCGGAAUGACAUGGAAACUAUCAGAGAUGCUCUUGAAGUGUCUGCUGUAAUGCAUAAAAUGGAUGUAAACAAUGUCUUAGAUUAUGUUCAGCGUCACCUACGUUCUCUUUCCAUCUGGGAUGAGCUGCGGUUUUGGGAAGGGUACUUUGACUAUCUGCUUGACUGCUUCUCUAGCAAAUCAACCAACUACGCAAUAUUGGCGACAACACAAUUAAUCAUUGUGGCAAUACAUAUGGCUGGUCUUGGACUUCCUGACAGCGAAGCGUGGUAUGUGAUAGAAACAAUAGCUGGAAAGAAUAACAUUGGGUAUAAGCACAUUAUAAAUCUCAGAGGGUACCUGUCACACAUAAGACAAACUUGUAUUGGGUAUUGGGGAAUCCAUGGUGGAAAAUCACAGUUUGUAUCUUGCUAUGGAUUGCCUGCUCUAGAUCCACUAGAAUCUCCAAGUACUGGUGAACAAGGUUCCGAGGCUUCUGGUGUUGGAAGGAGCUGGGUACAAAGCAUGUUUAGCAGGGAAAGAGCCAUCUCUUUUACUCGUUCGGUUCCAACUUUGCGAGAUGUGCCAAGAGUGGGGAAGAAAAAAUCUCAGACGAACAUACGCAUGCUAAGAGGUCACAGUGGAGCAAUCACAGCUUUACACUGUGUUACGAAAAGAGAAGUAUGGGAUCUAGUUGGUGAUCGUGACGAUGCAGGAUUCUUUAUCAGUGGAAGCACUGACUGCACUGUGAAGAUAUGGGAUCCCACUCUCCGUGGUUCAGAACUGAAGGCAACUUUAAAGGGUCACUCCGGAAUUGUGAGAGCCAUAAGCUCCGAUAGGCGGAAAGUGGUAGCAGGAUCAGACGACCAGUUUGUUCUAGUGUGGGAUAAGCAGACGACUCAUCUUGUUGAAGAGCUGAAAGGCCAUGAUGGCCAGGUCAGCGCCGUGCGCACACUGUCAGGUGAGCGUGUUCUCACAGCUGCACAUGACGGAACUAUAAAGAUGUGGGAUGUGAGGAUGGACACCUGUGUUGCUACUGUAGGACGUUGUUCAAGUGCAAUUCUCUGUAUGGACUAUGAUGACUCCACUGGUAUCUUGGCAGCUGCGGGCAGAGAUGAUGUUGCAAACAUUUGGGAUAUUCGGGCUGGAAAGCAGAUGCACAAGCUGUUAGGGCAUUCAAAGUGGAUCAGGUCCAUAAAAAUGAUUGGAGACACUUUAAUAACAGGUAGUGAUGAUUGGACUGCUCGGGUGUGGUCCGUCUCUCAAGGAACUUGUGAAGCUGUAUUGGCUUGCCACAAUGGUCCAGUUUCAUGUGUUGAAUACUCUAAUGCAGAUAGAGGAAUUAUUACAGGAUCAAGUGAUGGCCUUCUCAGAUUUUGGGAGAAUGAUGAUGGUUCUGUAAAAUGCAUCAAGAAUGUAACAGUUCACAAUGCUCCCAUAUUGUCCAUAAACGCGGGGGAGCAAUGGUUGGGAGUCGGGGCUGCUGAUAAUUCUAUGUCCCUCUUCCACCGGCCUCAAGAUAGGCUCGGGGGGCACACAACAACAGGUCCAAAGAUGGCUGGCUGGCAACUCUACAGAACUCCUCUAAAAUCAGUCGCAACAGUGAGAUGUGCGGCUUCGGACCUUGACAGGAAGAGAAUAUGUGGUGGGGGGCGUAACGGAGUGCUUAGGUUGUGGGACGCAACUAUAAACAUCUAAAUGCUUCAUCUAAGUUUUGCUUCAAAAUAUUGGCCAUGUUAUACUCUCAAAAUUUAGUAUAAUUAGCUCAUCGUCUGCAGAAUAAGAUUACGUCUCCAAGGAAACUGAUUAUGUGAUCGUCUAGUUUUUCUUCAUACGGAGUUUAGUUCAGUAUAUGUAACUAUGGAAUAGUUUUCGGACUACAGUGUUAAGAAUGCAACUAACGUUUAUACUUA